UCAAGCAUAUAGUAUGUGAAUAAACCUUUAAUUUUAUGAACAUUCUACUUGACAAAAAGUUUUCAACUAUAGGCUACAUCUAACUUAUUUCAACCAAAUUAUCAUUUGAGGUUGAAAUAUGUGUUAUUCCAAAACCUUUUACUUAAUGUGCUUCAUUUUCAGGUUAAAGGUCCAUCCUAUCGCACCAAGCCCAACAGUGAAGAUGGCAUCUAUUGUUACAGUGCAAUCAGUGUUGGAGAAGAUUAGUGUGGAUCAUCUGGAAUGCUCCAUCUGCACCAACCGUUUCAGGCAGCCCAAACUGCUGGACUGUUUGCAUAGUUUUUGCCUGCAAUGCCUCCACGAUCUGAGACAGAGCCAAGAUCCUAGUGGUACAAAGCUGACAUGUCCUCUGUGCAGACGUGAAACCAUGUUGAAAGUGUCUGGGGUUGCUGAUCUCCCUAAUAACUUUGCAUUCAGUGCCCUGGUGGAGGAAGUUACAAUGCAGGAAAAGCUACUGGAAGGUCAAGGGUCAGACAUCAAAUGUCAAAACUGUGAUGAGGAGAAUCAGGCUAUUUCAAGAUGCGCAGACUGUGAUCAUUUCCUCUGUCAAGAAUGUCAAAAGGCUCAUGGGCGUAUGACUGUUAUGAAAUCUCACAAAAUUUAUACACUGGCUGAACUUCGAUCAGGAGAGAUUGUCUACAAGAGUAAACUAAGAGAUGAAGUUCCCAAAUGUGGCAAGCAUCCAGAUCAGAAUCUCAAUGUCUACUGUAAUACAUGUGAGCAAGUCAUAUGUCUCAUGUGUACUGUUCUAGAUCAUGAAAAACCAAAACAUUCUUUUAUUGGCUUACCUGAGGCUUUUGAGAAAUGUAAGACAAAAAUAGAAGAACUUGUUGCAAAAGUUGGUAAAAGCAAAACAGAACUAAGCACCACCAUAGAGAAGACUUGCAUAUCUCGCAAGAAACUCGACAUCAUGUUUGCAAACACCAAAAAGAAAAUCUCAGAAAAAGCUGACCAAGAGGUUGCCAAGAUCCGACAGGAGGAGCAGAAACUGUUAAAAGAGACUGACAGGAUUUAUCAGGAAAGAGUUGCAACAUUUGAAGCUGCUCAAGCUACCAACAGGAAAGAGGUGACACAGACAGAGCACAAGCUGGAGGAGGUCAAACAACUCAUGAAUCAAGCAAGUUGCUGUGAGAUUCUUGAACUUCAGCAGAAGCUCUUCCAUAACCUCACUGAAUUGACAGGGAAACAGCCACAGCAAGUUCCUGAUAAAUUGAGCUUCAUGGACUAUGAAGAUGAUGAGAGGUCACUUGGGAGACUCAUUCUGGAAGAAGAGCCACAGGCUGCAGCUAAGCAAUCACCAAGACCUGCAAGAUCAUGUGUAAAGGAGAAAUGGGAUCUGAAGACCGAAGUCAAGAACUUGCAAUUAACAAAUGCAUUGAUAGCAGAUGUUGCAGCACUCUCUGGCAAUAAAAUAAUUGUACUUUUUAAAAAUACAUAUUCUGGACACAGUUGUGCACUAUUUACAGCUUCAAUUCCCAAUAGUCACCUUGAACAAUCUCUUAUCCCACAAAGGCUACAAAUCAAUGGCCUUACUAAUGCUAUAAGGUGUAUCGCAGUGAGCAAGGAUGACAAGCUCCUUGCUCUAGAUGGUCGAGUAGUCAAGGUCUUCAACAAGCAACAUCAGCUCCUCCAUCAGUUCACACCAGGUAGA